AUGGAAGAAGCUGAAGACGCUAUUGCCGUGGUAGGCAUUGGAUGCAAUUUUCCAGGGGGAGAAGGGCUUGACAAUUUCUGGAAGGUUCUGUUGGAGGGGAAAAACUGUUCUGUGCCAAUUCCCAAAGAGAGAUUUGACAUAUCCAGCUGGUAUGACCCUGAUGACAACAAGGCGGGUAAAUCCCGCACAGCCAAGGCUGCAUUUAUCAAUGGGUACAAUGAAUUUGACCACAGAUUCUUUGGCAUCAGUGACAGUGAAGUGGAACAGAUGGACCCUCAACAAAAACAGCUCCUUCAGUGUGUCUACAGGGCAUUGGAAAAUGCCGGAAUCCCUAUGGAGAAGGCCAGUGGGACCAGGACUGGAGUGUAUUUCGGCAUCAUGAACAGAGAUUAUGAGACAAAUGCUACACACGUGCACCCAAGUGUGAUCAACCACUGGACUGGCACAGGCCUUGCCAUGAGUAUUGCUGCAAACAGAGUGUCCUACAUCUUCAACUUCACUGGGCCCUCACUGUCUCUAGACUGUGCCUGCUCAUCAUCUCUUGUGGCUCUUCAUCUUGCCUGUCAAUCCAUUAAACAAGGCGAUUGUGAAAUGGCUGUUUGUGGGGGAGUCAACUGUAUUAUAGAGCCAAGAGUGUUUGUUGCUCUCAGCAAGGCCAAGAUGAUCUCACCUGGAGGGACCAGCAAACCCUUCUCGAACAAAGCAGAUGGUUAUGGUAGAGGGGAGGGCUGCGGAGUUGUUCUGCUGAAGCCGCUGAAAAAGGCUAUACAUGACCAUGACAAUAUCUGGGGUAUCAUCAGCAAAACAGCCGUUAACCAAGAUGGACACUCAGUUUCCCCAAUCACCAAACCAUCCAUGACACAACAAGAGGAACUCCUGCGCAGAAUCUACUCAGAGUCUGACCUUGUGAAUGUCCAGUACAUAGAGGCACAUGGGACAGGAACCCCAGUUGGAGAUCAAACAGAGGCAGGAAGCAUCUCAAAUGUCAUUGCUAAAGCCAAACCUCCUGGUUCAGAGAUACUGCGGAUUGGCUCUGUGAAGAGCAACAUUGGACAUACAGAAUCUGCAGCGGGAGUGGCCGGACUCAUUAAGGUUCUCCUCAUGAUGAAGCAUGAAACAAUUUGCCCCUCAGUUUUCUAUUCUGAGGAGACUGCCAGUGUAGAUGCUAAAGCCCUGAGCAUUAAAGUUCCUAAGGAAUCAGAAAAAUGGGAAGCCUUAGGUCCAAGAAUUGCAGGAGUUAAUAACUUUGGCUUUGGGGGUACCAAUGCACACGCCAUUGUCAAACAGCACAAGCAAUCACACAUUGAGAAGAGAAAUGGUGGGAAACAGAAAAAGUAUUUUGUCAUGUCGGCAAAUUCACCGAAAUCUCUUACUCUGAUGACAGAAGACACCAUUAAACAGCUAGAUGCAGAUAGUGAACUUGAUGUAGAUUCGCUGUUGUACACAUCAGCUUGCAGAAGGAGCCAUCUAAAACAUAAAUACAGAAAGGCCAUCAUUGUUUCAUCCAAAGUUGAGCUUAAGGAAAAGUUAAGUGCCACUUUAAGCAAAAAUGUUCGCCCUUCCCUUUCAGAUCCAAGGCUAGUGUUUGUGUUUUGCGGAAAUGGUGUCACUUACCAUGGCAUGUGCAAACAGCUACUUAAACAUGAGCCUGUGUUCAGGGGUAAGAUCGAAGAGAUUGGAAAACUCUUCCAAAGACUGAGUAAAACUAACAUUUUGGACACACUUGAGAGUGAGAUUGAGGGUAGUGACUUCAACAAGCCACGUGUUAUCCAACCACUCCUCUUUGCUAUCCAAGUUGGCAUUACUACCCUACUCAGGUACUGGGGUGUCAAGCCCGAUGCAAUACUUGGACACUCGGUUGGCGAGGUUGCAGCUGCUCACUGUUCUGGCCUCUUGUCUCUUGAGGAUGCAGUAAAAGUCAUCUAUUUUCGCAGCACUCUCCAGAACAGAGUCACUGGGGGAAAGAUGCUUGUGAUCAGCAACAUGGCUAUAUCCGAGGUAACUGCUCUUCUCCCUUGUUACUCUGGUAAAGUUUGCCUGGCUGCUUUCAACAGUUCGCAGUCCUGCACCCUCUCAGGUGAUGCAGAUGCAAUUGAGAGCAUCCAUAAAGAGCUAAGCACCUCAGUUAACAGUCAGAAUCUGUUCCUCCGUGUUUUGGACGUUCCUGCUGCUUACCACAGUCACAUGAUGGACCCGAUUCUGCAAGAAAUCAAGGAGACAAUUGGCUCGUUAAAGGUCAAUGAUCUCGACAUAGAGUUGUUCUCAACAGUGACUGGCAAGGAAGUCCAGCAUGGGGAUUUCUGCAAUGGGGAGUACUGGGCGAGGAACAUUCGUGAGCCAGUAGCUUUUGAGCAGGCCGUGAACUCAGCAACCAAAGGCAAGAAGAAUGUAGUGUUUGUAGAGAUAGGGCCAAGAAGGGCACUACAGAGAAACAUCAUGGAAUCUCUGGGGAAUGACACAUCUGUUCUUACCUCUGUGCAGCCAGAAAAAGAUCAUGAAACAUUACUGUCUGUUGUUUCUAAUCUGUUUGAACUAGGUGUUCGAGUACAUUGGGACACCUUCUACAGAGGAUAUGAGACGAUGCCACUGCCUAUUCCAAAAUACCAGUUUGAUUGUUCGGACAGGGAUGUUAUCAUUGGAGCAGCACAGAAAAACACAGUGAGCAAUCACCCUGUGAUCUGUCAGACAGGGAGUGAAAGUAACAUUUUCAGUUGUGAUCUGAUGUCUGACUCUUCUUUCUACCUGAAAGAGCACAAGCACAACAACAUACCCAUAAUUCCUGGGGCCUUCUAUGCUGAGUUGGGCUUAGCGGCAUUCAUGGCCAGUGCCAAACCAAAAGUACCGCUCUGCUCACUCCAGGUCAGUGUCAAUUUCCACAGUCCUUUCGUUUUAAGCCAGAAUUCCCCGGAAAUGAAAGUGCAACUAGAAAAAAGAGAGGAAGACACUAAGUUCAUGGUUCUCUCUCCAUCAGCAAUGUAUGCAUCAGGCACAGUGGUUUCAAAGAAAGAGAGGCUGAUUGAGGAACAGUGCAUUUCAUUAAGCUCCAUCUACAAAAGAUGCAAAUCAGUAGUGAGCUCCGAGGAGUUUUAUGGGUAUCUCUCUCAAGGAGGCUUUCAGUAUGGAGACGUCUUCAAGAAUAAGUGGGAUGUGCACUAUGGAGAAGAUCUCAAGGAGGCUUUUGCAAAAGUCACUGUUCCAGAAGAACUGCGGUCUCAGUUGCAUGACUACUACAUCCAUCCUGUUGUUUUGGAUUUUCUGAUGCAGCUUCUCCCAGUUACAGUGGAGCACAUUUUUGCGGGUAGACCAGGCUUUCCUGUCAAAAUCGGAAGUUUGACAGUGUUCGAACCUUUGCAAGAUGAGAUGGUUGUGUAUCUGAGAGCGAUCGAUGUGGGCAAAGAUCACCUUGAGAUAUGUGGCUGCUUUGCAGAUAAACAAGGGAAAGUGUUGGUUGAGGUAAAGCACGCGAUAAUCAAGUACCUUGGUAGUCGCUCUCAUGUGGUUGAGGAGUAUUUCUACCAUAAUGCCUUUCGUGUCAUCCCUGAAGGUGUCACAUCUGCUUCUCCUCCUAAGGCAUUGGUCUUUGCCGACAGUAAAGGGAUCUCAAAAGGCCUGCAACAAUAUUUGGACUUGAAGUCUAUAUACGUUCCCUUCCAACAUGCAAAAGACAUCUUGAGCAAUGGGUUUCCUACACUCCUGCUAAAUCUUAAUAUUACCGACAUUGAGAACAACUUCGAUGAGGUCUUAUUUUUGUGGGGCCAAGAAGACCUGACUUCGCUGUCAGCUGAUGUUAUAUUGCAGAAUUUGGCGAGCUGCUUGGAGACUUUCCGCCAAAUAGUCCUUAAGCUAAAGCAAAUUCGUUUUCCAAACUCCAUCAGAGCAGUCACCUACUGUUCAUCUGAUAUCACAGUGGACCACAUAAGUCCAGGUUUUGCCCUGGCUGGUAUGACCAGAUCAUUUGCUGCAGAGAUACCAGAACUUUCCUUUCAGCUGAUUGAUAUCAGCAGCACCUCUCCCAAGGACAUUGCAGCUCUGUCUGAGGUCCUAAGAUCACAUCCUUGCAGCAAGUACCCAGAGUUGGUUGUAAAAGAUGGGCAGAUUCUGAAACCUUCUAUUGUCCGCACUCCACCUGAAAUCAUGGACAGUUCAGUGGGCAGGUUUACUUCUACAGUGUCAGAGCCCUGUAUGCUUCAGACAGAUGAGGCACAUAACAUGACCCACUUGAGUGCCAUUCACUGUAAGGGGGACCCCGAGGCAGUUAGGGACAGGUCAGUUGAAAUUCGGCCAAGUAAGAUAUGUGCUCAUUCGCCAGAUUACUUCCCUGUCAGUGCAUCACAUCUGAAUUUUGGCCAGACGCUGUACUGGAACAAACACUCAUCACAGAAACACAAGCUACUGGCGCUUGAUUUCAGUGGUACUAUUACAGCAGUCGGAAAAGAUGUCAGGAAAUUGAAAGUGGGAGACCAGGUUGCUUCCUGUUAUCCUGUGGUAGCAGCCAGCAAGGUCAGAGUUCCAGAGGAUGUUUGCUACAGCAUCAAGCGGUUCCCAUUUCUUCAAAAGACACCUUGUGUUUCCUACUUUGUGCUAGCAUGGGAGAUCCUUCACCGAGCCUUGUCAAGAGCCAAACAUCAUCUCGGAAUCAUAUCCUCUGUGCCUGAUUCUGCUCUGAUGAAAGUCUUGGCACUCACUGCUUACAAGUCAGGCUGGAACGUGAUUGUUGGCACACAGUGCAAUGGCUCUUUUGUAAAUGUCAAUCAAAUGGAUGUUUUUGUCAUCCUGCCUCCGUUUGAUGAAUCACUGAUUGCUAACAUAUGCACAUUUCCAGGUAUCCAACAUGUUGUCUUCAUCUGUGAAUCCCAGAUGCAGUGUUUGCUUGCUCAGGAUGUGAUCCAAAGUGUUAAGGACAGUGUUCAUGUUCAGACAAUUCAGAUGCCUGUCAUUUUGCAAAAGGGAUCCUUGAGUGCACAAAGGCCUUACAUCUAUCAUUGGUUAAAAUCCUUGAACUUGAACAGGACAUUUUCCCUUGAUAGCUAUACUUAUCAGAAUGUCAAAUCUGAAAGCAUUGAGAUCCUUAAGUCAGAGACACCACAAUCAUACUUCAACUCAAAGAAACUGGCUGUUGUGGUUUUGGAAAAAGAUGGCAGAAGUACGCCGUCUGACAUUCCGUUGCUGCCAACAAAAAAACAGCUUUUCCGAAAGAGGGCAGUGUACAUAGUUGCAGGUGGUCUUUCUGGUCUGGGGUUUGAAACUGUCAAGUUCAUUUCACAAAGAGGGGGUGAGUAUGUUGUCAUACUCUCUAGGAGCAAGCCCACACCAGAUGUGGAGCAAGAGAUACACAAUGUGGAGAAACAGUGUGGAAACUGCAUCACUUCCAUGCAGUGUGACAUAUCUGUGUCUGAGUGUGUGCACAAGGUUAUCAACGCCAUAGGCAAGACAUUCCCUGGUUGUCCAAUCAAAGGAGUGUUUCACAGUGCAGUUGUCUUGGAUGAUGGGCUGAUUGAGUCCCUCAACAGAUCUCUUUAUGAGAAAGUACUCAAACCCAAAGUCAAUGGUGCACUGAAUUUGCAUCAUGCAACAAAGCACUGUCAACUGGAUUACUUUGUGUGUUACUCCUCCAUCUCAGCUUUUCUGGGAAACGCAUCACAAACAAACUAUGCAGCAGCCAACACAUUCCUCGACAUGUUCUGUCAAUACCGGCGCAAAAUCGGGCUGUCUGGGCAGUCCAUCAACUGGGGAGCCCUAAACCUUGGCCUCCUCUUGAACAAGGAACAUUUCCAGAGGUUUCUUGAGGCAAAGGGGAUGAUGGUGUUGGAUGUGGCUGAGAUUCAUCAAAGUCUGGAGCAAUGCCUUGUGCUCAAUCUACCCCAACAGGCGGUUUGCAGGUUUCACUUCAGAAACAUCAGGUUCAACAUCCUCUCACAAAAUGCGGCCUUGACCAUGCGCCUGUCUGCAUUGGUAGUGGAGGCUAUCCAAAAAUCCAAAGAGACAGAUUCUCAAACCAAACAAACUCAAACAGUGUCACCAAAAGAUUAUGUUGUGUCUCUGAUUUGUGAGACCAUCGGCAUGGAUAAAAGCGAGCUGAAAGAUGAAUCACCUCUUUCAUCUGUAGGCAUUGACUCCAUGCAGGCCAUGACUCUGCAGAAUCUCAUCUUUCAGGAGAGAGGCGUGAAUGUGCCUUUGGUGAAACUGUUGGAUCCAAAUGCUACUCUCUCAACGGUAGUUUCUCUACUGAGUGAAGGUGAAGGUGAAGGUUCCAGUGAUAACUUGGAGCCUAUUCCCAUUAGACGCAUUAGUACCAGAUUGUAA